CGUUUAAAAGUUUAAGUAAUAUCAGUCAUAUCUUGCGAAAUAAUAUGUAUGUUUCAUGUAGUGUAUAUAGACAUAACAAUAAAUUAGAAGGGCACCUGCACUUAAAAAAUCAACCCUACCAAGUGAAAAUUAGUUAUGAGAAAAAUCAGCCGGGCGCAAGUUUGCCUAAUUAGAACAAAUUAAAUUUAAUUAAUCUAAUUUAAUUAACACCUGUCUUUGACAUAGAAGUUGCAUCGUAGGAUAAUACAGUGUACUAAACCCAGCUUCGCGCAAUACUCACAUAUAAGUGUCACAAUGUUUGAGGAAGCUGAGAAUUUUGCGGAUAUUUUCCGCGGUGGACUGCCCUAUCUACUGAUUGCACUACCAGUUUUACUCAUUUGCUCAGCCAAUCCUGUAUUGGCAUCCAGUGAAUUCUCAGUGCAACGGAUGUCACAGUUCGAUGUGAAUGGUGUUGCUUAUGGAUGUCGUGCAUCUGCAUUAUCGCUAGAGGCUAAAUCGCUCUAUACUUGGAGCACUGGAAGGCACUGUGUGGUUGCAAAAUUACAAGACUUAACUAUCGAUCAGUUCCGUGAAAUACGGCAAAAAGCAGGAGGUUUGGUUAUACUGUUACCACAGCAUGUCAGUGAUAUGACAUUUGAGGAAAAAGAGCACCUCAUUUUGCUUGAACAAGCUAUGCUGGCACAACCAAAUUCAAUUCCGAUAUAUUUCUCACCGUAUAAUUCAGAGCUCGAGCGUAUCAUAACGGACAUCACAAGAACAACCAGCAAAAAUAUUGAGGGCAAAACUCAACGCACAUCAGCGGCUACAGAGCUGCUAUCAUCCAUAUCGGCCAAUGGUUAUCAGGUUAUUGUCUCUGGUGCCAGUCAUUUAGCUAGCAAAAAUAGUAGAAUACCAAUUAUACAAGGUGAAUUGGCGGCCACUACUAAAAUUUUGAAACAAAUGGAAAGUGGUGGCGAGUCCAACAGCAAAUUGCCAUUAAUCCUCAUAACCUCACAUCUCAACACAUUCGGAUUGUACAAUGAAUAUCCUUUAAACGCCGAUGCCGCUGUGUUGCUAACACUCGCGGAUAUAUUUAGCAAAUUACACAGCACACCUAACGCAGUGCCUAAAUAUCGCUUAUUAUUCUUACUCACAGAAUCCGGUACACUGUUGAACUUCCAAGGAGCCAAAAAGUGGCUCGAUGAGAAUGUGCAACUGCAGGAAGACAUCGUGUCUAUUACCGGCACUUUAAUUGCGGCCAAGAAUCCAACUAAUAUAAUAGACGAGAACGUUGAUUUUGUGCUCUGUUUAGACACGAUUACACAAUCGUUGAACGGUGAAUCUGGCAAUCUUUACAUGCACGUCUCCAAACCACCCAAAGAGGGCACCGCAAUGAAUGAUUUCUUCAAGUUACUUAAAAACGUAGCGGCACAAUAUGGCAAUGUUACAGUCGAUGGUGUACAUAAGAAGAUCAAUUUGGCCGAUCAGCAACUCGCCUGGGAGCAUGAACGUUUCAGCAUGCGCCGUUUGCCAGCUUUCACGAUAUCCGCAUUGAAAUCACCCAAAGAGCCAGCACGCACCACUAUAUUCAAAGACGAAGAAGAGCAAGUUAUUGCGCAAACGCAACAACAUGCUAAAAUUUUAGCUGAAACGCUAGCACAUUACGUGUAUGGCUUACAAGAGCCAUAUGAAAUCUUUGCUGGGCCAAUGGGUAUCAAUAAGAAACUCAUUAAAGCUUAUCUGCAAGUCAAAUCUGCGCUACAUAAUAACGACCUGAAGAACGCUUUCGAAAAGUACCUAAAGAAUGUGAAGAUCAUGUAUGAUAAACCCGACACACGUGAUCCAGACUUUAUGUUCUACGAUGGUCAAGAGGCGCGCCUAAAUGUAUAUCACGUCAAACCUGCCAUUUUCGAUCUCUUCCUAACCAUACUCAUAUGCGCAUAUCUCGCCUCAGUGUACUUUGUCAUACAAUUCUUUCCAGCGUUAUACGAUACCGUUUGCAAAAUGACCAAAGCGCCAGUACUGACGCAAGCCAAUUCCAAUAAUACAAAAUCUAAAGUUAAUUAGAAAAAAAAGUGCAAAAAAGAAUAAAAAUAAAACAAAAAAUAUUAAUAUUAUUGAAGACGAAAACUUUAAUGUACAGAUGUACAUAUGUAAAGAGACAUUUUCUUGAACAUUUACUAACUAUAUUAGAACAAUUAAAAUUUGCAACCAAAUAGUGAGUUAUAUACAUAAUCUGUGUAAAAGGCGAAAUUUUGUAUGAUACACAACAUGGUGAAUUUUAUAGAAGAAAGACUCGCAAUUCAAGUAAGAUAAGUAAUAAAAUCAGUAAUUCAUUUAUUAGUUAUAUAUGUACAUAAUUUGUGCAUGAAAGGUGAAAGGUUGUUAGUAAAAAUAAAGAAACUAAAACUAAAAAAAAAAAAUAAGUAAAAUAAAAAUAAUAAAAAAUUAAUAAAAAUAAUGACAAGUAAAUAAAAUUAAAUUUAAAAAAUGCAAAUAUAUAAAACUGUUAAGCGGUAUUGUAAACGUCAUUAAUUUCACGACCACCUACAAGUAUGUUCCGUUAUCCAUGUAGUACGAACAAUAACUAACUCGUCAUAAGAAAUUGUGCCAUUACUGCUGCUUAACUUUGCCAUUUCCACCUAAACACACUGCUAAAUAAUAAAAAAGAAAUUUAAAGCGUAAUCAUUGUGAGUAAACAAAUAUUCCUAGGAAAGCAUUAGGCACACAUUUCCACACAGUCCACAUAUGCAUUUACACACUCACCCGCACAGACAGCGGGCGCAGCAGCAGUAACUGUAAGCAAUACUUAUUAAUAAUACAUUAAAUCAUGAAAUUAUACAAUUAUAACAAUAAUUAAAGCAUAAUGUAGUAGUCAAAUGUUUUUUUCCAUAUUAUUUUAGUAUAUAAUUAAAAUAUACAUAUAUAAUGCAUAUGUUGUUUUGAUUAGCAUCAAAUUGUAAGUUCCAAGUAGUAUGGCAAACGGUUAAAAUGUUCACGAUUUCCCAAGUAUUACUUUAAACGAAAGUAAAACAAAAAAUAUAAAGACAAAUAAAUAAAACUUAAAAUAAAAAAGCGA